AUAUAAAGUAUUAUUAAAGAAAAAUUAAAUAAAAAAAUGAAACAUAUUAUGCUAUUGUUUGGUGUAAUAAUAUGUAUUACAUUAGAGUGUAAUUCACAAUCAAUGCCCGGAGGUAUCUCAGACAUGGAUGUUAACGAUCCGAAACUCAUACCAAUAGUAUCUUUCAGUGAAGAAAUGCUCGAUAGUUCAGUAAAUUCAAUAUAUGUUCACAGAAUCGACCACUUAUUGAAAGCUCAACAACAAGUCGUGUCCGGAGAUAUGUAUUAUUUGACAUUUGAAUUCAAUGAAACCAAUUGUCUAAAAGGAAAGCCAUCAACAAAUGGAUGCGAUAGUGUCCGGAAAAGUGAGAUAUGUCUGGUCAAAGUAUGGUCCCGUCCCUGGUUAUCAACAAAUCAAUUACAAUUAACUCAUUUUAAUUGCUCGUCAACUAAUAAUACAGACAAUUUGUAAAAUACUAUAUAUUGUUUGUUAAACUAAGUUUAUAAAUUUAAAAAUAAUUUUAAUAAACUUACAAUUAAUAAA